AUGGCCCCAGCAGCACUAUCGCCGAGCGCCGCUGAGGAGGGGCAUAACUCCUGGAGGACGAGGAGCGAGGCGCUCAAAGACGACUACAUUCGAUCCAUCGACACGCAAGACGUCUGUGCUCUUGCUUCUUACUAUCACGGUAGCCAGGCUUGCUCUGAAUUCCGCGAGCACAAGCGAGGCAGCCAUAACGUUUGCUACUUUAUUGAGUUUACAAAUGACCAAACGAGAUGGGUGGUGCGAUUUCCGCUCACUCCCGUGCUGCAAGACGCACAUCGCAAGUUAGACAGUGAGAUUGCGACAAUGGAAUAUGUCACUUCAAGGACAACCAUUCCCAUACCUCGGGUGCGCGCGCAUGGCUAUUCGGCCGAGCCUGGGCCGAGGAACCCCACGGGGAAGUGUUUUAUAAUCAUCGACUACAUUGCUGGAGAGUCAUUAAGUCAAUCUUCAUUGGCAGACACGACCGAUGAAAAUCGAAACAGAUUUUAUGCGCACCUCGCCGACUUUCACUCGCAGAUGCGCGGCCUGGAAUUUGACGCAGCCGGCGCAUUGGCGCUCGGUUCUGACGGGACCUUCAUGAUCACUGCUCCACUACCCAUGGACAUUGACGCGAGAGAACAGCGCGGAAACGGAAUGCAGAGCCUGCUGAAAACGACCGCCAGCUUGGGAAGAUACGCAGACCAAAUGUAUUCCCUUCUGCUUAGGCGUGCUGCGGAGCCUGUUCAGGAAAUGGGACUGCUUGAUGUGCAGUACCUCGUCUUUGCGCUGCAAGAUUUCGAGAAUCGAAUGAAGGAUUUCGCAUCCUCUAGUAUAAAGCACAAGUUUGUCCUUACUCAUGGUGAUUUGCAGCCGUCCAACAUCAUACUGGCUGAGGACUUCAGCAUCAAAGGCAUCAUCGACUGGGAGUGGGCCGGCACGGUGCCCGCUCCGUUCUUUGUACCCCCUUUGUGGCUUGGAAAGAAUAUCGCACCGGUUGCCAACGAUGAUGAUUUCAAGAAUUCUUUUCUCAGAAUUCGUACUGCUCUGGUUGUUAGUGAUUCAAAGCUGGCGAAGGAGUGGCCGGAAAACAUGUACUGCUCGGCAAAGUACUUCAUCCCUGCGGCCCUUUUGAAUCAACAAUUUUUUAUGACAAUUUACUACACGCAGCUGUUUCCGAUUUACUUUGGCGAGGUAAAGCAGCACGUAAAAGUUCGACAGUUCUUCCAGGACGAUGGUCCUGAUGGCAUCCACAGCUGUAGGGUGGCGAGCCUGAUGCAAGCGGUGGGGCGUUGA